AUGUCUGUUCUCCCUGCCGAGGUGCAGGGAGCCUUGACCCAACUCCUCCAAGCCCUCCAGUCGCCCGAUAACACUCUCCGCAGUCAGGCGGAGGAGCAACUCAACAAUGACUGGACCCCCAAUCGCCCUGAGAUGUUGUUGAUGGGAUUGGCCGAGCAACUACAGGUCGCGGAAAAUCCAUCGACACGAUCAUUUGCCGCAGUCCUGUUCCGCAAACAAGCCUCGAAACAACGAAAAAUCCCUCCUGGUAACGAGUCGAAAGAACUCUUCUGGACGCUCAGUGGCGAGGCCAAGGGUGCCAUCAGGUCAAAAUUACUCGAAGGACUGGCAAGAGAACAGGUCAGUCCCGUCAGGAACAAGAUCGGAGAUGCGAUUGCAGAGAUUGCCCGACAAUAUGUCGAGUCUGGCGAGAAUGAGACGUGGGUCGAGCUUCUCCACGCCUUGUUCCAGGCCAGUCAGUCCUCCGAGCCUGGGAUGCGUGAAUGUGCAUUUCGGAUAUUCGCGACGACUCCCGGAGUCAUCGAACGAGAGCACGAAGGUGUGGUGCAAGAGGUGUUCCUCAAGGGUUUCAAAGACAACUCAGUCGACGUCCGACUGUCUGCCACCGAAGCAUUUACUGCCUUUUUCCAUUCCAUCAAGAAGAAGACACAGCCGAAAUACUACUCGCUGGUCCCUGAAAUCCUCAACAUUCUGCCACCCCUGAAAGAAGCUGGAGACACAGACAAUCUAUCAAGAGCUUUGGUUGUUCUUAUCGAACUCGCCGAAAUAUGCCCCAAGAUGUUCAAAGGCUUAUUCAACAAUCUCGUCAAAUUCAGCGUUUCGGUCAUCCAGGACAAAGAGUUGGGUGAUCAGACGCGCCAGAACGGACUGGAGCUGAUGGCCACUUUCGCCGAAUGGGCCCCUGCCAUGUGCAAGAAGGAUCCCUCCUACACGAACGACAUGGUCACACAAUGUCUCAGCUUGAUGACUGACAUAGGCACCGACGAUGACGAUGCUGCAGAGUGGAAUGCCACCGAAGAUCUCGACGGGGAAGACCAAGAAAUGAACCACGUGGCCGGCGAGCAAACAAUGGAUCGGCUGGCAAACAAGCUCGGAGGGCAGAUCAUGCUCCCUGCGACCUUCACCUGGCUGCCGAGGAUGAUGCAUUCCGCCUCCUGGAGAGAUCGGCACGCGGCGCUGAUGGCCAUUUCCGCAAUAUCGGAAGGGUGUCGAGACCUGAUGAUUGGCGAGCUUGACAAGGUUCUGGAACUUGUGGUCCCAUCACUGAGAGAUCCUCAUCCCCGAGUCAGAUUCGCGGGAUGCAAUGCCUUGGGCCAGAUGAGCACCGACUUCGCCGGACCUAUGCAAGAAAAGUACCACCAAGUGGUCCUGACCAACAUCAUCCCCGUGCUCGAGGCUCCUGAGCCUCGCGUCCAAGCCCACGCGGCCGCAGCGCUCGUCAACUUUUGCGAGGAGGCAGAAAAGUCGAUAUUGGAACCUUAUCUCGACCAAUUACUCAGUCACCUCCUGCAGCUGCUACAGUCUCCCAAGCGAUAUGUCCAGGAACAGGCGCUGUCGACGAUUGCCACCAUUGCUGACUCGGCCGAGAGCGCUUUCGUGCGAUACUAUGACACCUUGAUGCCUCUUCUCUUCAACGUGUUGCGAUCGGAACAAUCGAAAGAAUAUCGUCUGUUGCGUGCCAAAGCAAUGGAAUGCGCCACACUCAUUGCACUGGCUGUCGGCAAGGACAAGAUGGGCCAAGACGGCAUCACACUGGUUCAGAUCCUGGGCAACAUUCAGCAGAACAUUGCUGAUGACGAUGAUCCGCAAUCACAAUACUUGCUGCACUGCUGGGGACGAAUGUGUAGAGUCUUGGGCAGUGAUUUCGUGCCGUACCUCCCCGGUGUCAUGCCUCCCUUACUUGAACUCGCCGCGGCAAAGGCCGACAUUCAACUGAUUGACAGCGAGGACGAGGCGAUAGAUGAAGAAGGCUGGGAAUUGGUGCCCCUGAAAGGCAAGGUGAUUGGCAUCAAAACAUCAACGCUGGAGGACAAAAACACCUCGAUCGAGCUUAUCACGAUAUACGCCCAGAUCUUGGAGGCCGACUUCGAACCCUACGUGGCUGACAUCACGGAACGGAUCGCUCUGCCUGGACUUGCAUUCUUCUUCCACGACCCCGUCCGAGUCUCCUGCGCCAAGCUCCUCCCUCAACUGCUCAACUCGAUCAAGAAACGGUACGGCGAACAGUCACCACAACUUCAAGAGAUUUGGGGGAAAUGCUGCCCCAAGGAGAUCGAGAUCCUCAGUGCCGAACCCUCGAUCGACACCCUGGCAGAAAUGUACCAAUGUUUUUACGAGAGCGUUGAAGUCGUAGGUAAAGGAUGCCUCACGCAAGACAACAUGGAAAAGUUCAUCGAGUCGGUACAAUCGACAUUGGAAGAGUUCCAGAAGCGCGUACAAGAACGGGCGGAAGAGAGAGCCGCCGACGCGGCAGCCAACCAGGGCGCCGCGGAUGCCGACGAAGACGAUUCACUCUCGAUUCAGUAUGCCAUCGAGGACGACCAGACGCUCCUCUCCGACAUGAACAAAGCCUUCCACACGGUGUUCAAGAACAUGGGCGUCGCCUUCCUCCCGACAUGGCAGAGAUUGAUGCCCUUUUAUGAUGGGUUCGCCACCUCCGCGGACCCCAUGCAACGUCAAUGGGCAAUCUGCAUCUUUGACGAUGUCCUGGAAUUCUGCGGCCCUCAGUCAUACCAGUACUCGGAGCAUAUCAUCAACCCGCUCAUCAACGGCAUGCGUGACGAGAAUGCCAACAACAGACAGGCAGCGGCAUAUGGGGUUGGAGUCGCGGCCCAAAAGGGCGGCGAGCAGUGGAGCGAUUUCGUGGCCGCCUCGGUCGACACGCUCCUCCAAGUCACGCGUGUGCCUAACGCCCGGAGCGACGAUGAAGUCUUUGCCACGGAAAAUGCGUGCGCCGCGGUGGCCAAGAUCUUGCACUUUAAUGCCUCGAAGGUCGUCAACCCGCAGGGGAUAGUGGAGCAGUGGCUCGACUCGCUGCCCGUCGUAAACGAUGAAGAGGCCGCGCCCUACGCUUACAGUUUCGUCGCGCAGUUGAUUGAUCAAGAAAACCCCGCCGUGUUUGCAAAAGCAGCGCAAGUCUUCCAUCACAUUGCCCUUGCGCUCGAGGCCGAGAUGAUCCAAGGCGCGACGGCCAAGAAGAUUGUCGAGAGCGCCAAAGUCCUGGUGGGCAAGACGGGGAUCAAUGCCGAGCAGACGCUGCAGGGGUUAAGUGCCGACGGGCAGAGGACUGUGAGGAGUUAUUUCUCGUGA